AUGAGAACUUCCAUCCUUUCCUUUGCAACUUUGCUUUCAAUGGCCAUGGCCGCUCCCCUUCCUUUAGUUAUAACUCGAAUGCAUACUGCUGCUCCAGUUACAACAACUGAAAUUUACACUACUGGCACCACUACCAUCGAAUUGCCUCCAGUGAUGAUUUUAAUUUCUGAUGGUGUCACUUAUACAUCCACCAUGAGUGAAAGUCCGGCUGGUUCUCCUACAACAUUGACUCUGAUUGUUGCUAAGGCUGCGGCUCCCACUCAAAAUGUGGCUGAUACUCCCUCACCAGAUACUCCAUCUGUUCCUACCACAACUGCUUCCACUGCUCCUACUCCCGCUGCAGAAAAUCCUACUUCCACCUCUGCUGCUCCCGUUGCAGGAACUCCUGUUACUUCUGCUUCCGUUGAAACCUCUCCUACCACCUCUGUUGCUGCAGCUGCUCCUUCAUCAUCAUCUUCUUCUUCUUCUUCUUCCUCUGCUUCAGUGGUAGCCUCCUCUCCAACUACACAAGGCCAAGCUGCUCCUGCUUCUCCUGCUACUACUUCCGCUGGUGAAGGUGAUGAAAAUACAACCACAAUCACAAAUGUUCAGAAAUCUGCGGUCAUUGUCAUAGUAGAAAACGGAACCACCAUCACAAGUACUUCUGCUAUUCAAGUUCCAGAUACUACUGGUGCUCCAAACAACGCCAAUGCAAAUGAUCCUGGCACUACUUCCACUUCAUCUAGUUCUUCGACUUCCUAUUCGUCUACUUCUUCGACUUCUUUUUCCACCUCUACUUUUACUUCUUCGACCACUAAGGGAUCUAUUCCACCUCCAAACGUCAUUGUCUAUUCACCUUACACAAACUCCGGUGAUUGUAAGGAUGCCGAUACUAUUAGCUCUGAUAUACAAUACAUCUACUCGUUUGGAAUCCACAAAAUCAGAACUUAUGGUACCGAUUGUCUUAGUCUUACUGGAGUUCUCCCUGCUGCUGCCAAAUUGGGUAUUACUGUGGAUCAAGGUAUCUGGAUCGAUCAAGGUAUCGAUAGUGGAGAUUCUUCAGUCAAUGCAUUGGUUAGCUGGGGACUGGAGAACGGUUGGAGUGUAUUCAAUUCCAUUACUGUUGGUAAUGAAGUUAUCAACUCUGGAUAUGCAACUGUUCCACAAUUAAUUGCCAAAAUUGCUUCCGUCAAGGCUCAAUUGAGAGCUGCUGGUUAUAAUGGUCCUGUGACAACUGCUGAACCACCUGUGUCUUUUCAAAAGUAUCCAAGCUUGUGUACUGAGUCAAAAAUUGACUUUGUUUCUAUCAAUGCUCAUCCAUAUUUCGAUGGUGCCAGUACGCCUCCUCAAGCUGGGUCAUUUGUAAUGACUGAAAAGGCUCUUGUGGAAGACGUAUGUGGGUCCAAACCCGUUGUUAUUACCGAAACUGGAUAUCCCCAUAAAGGUGAUGCUAAUGGUUUGCAAGUACCAUCUAAAGAAAACCAAAGAAUUGCUAUUAGUGCUAUAAUUGAAGCAACAAAAGGCGAUUGUACAAUUUUGACCACCUACGAUGAUUUCUGGAAAAAUCCAGGUAGUUACGGUAUUGAGCAAUACUUUGGUGCUAUCACUUUAUUCCAAUGA